ACCUCCAUCCUCUUUCAACCAAAACCACCUGCAAGGUUUAUUUACAGCAUUUAUUUAAUACCAUCAGUCAUUCUGGAAUCUAACUACCCAUGGUUGAGAAGAUCUCUGGAAAGCUUUACCAGAGAAGAGAUUUGGAGGUAGAUUCCUUUUUUAAGGAUACAAGCCUUCAAUAUACACAAAGUUCUGUCCAAAAUCCACAGUGAUGUCCUCUGUUCUCCGCUCAUGCAUGUUAUAUCACAUCCAGUCCCUGCGCAUAAUUGGUGCACGGACACUGACUUCAGAACGUGUGGGGUUUGUGCCCAUCAAGAAUCAUGAGCUUAAGGACCCGGUUCCACCUGCCCUACUAACAUUCAAUGACCCAAGGGCUUUCCAGUCCAAGAGCAUGUGGGAACUAAUACGAGCGCUUGGGGUUUUUAGACUCUGUUCUUACCCUGUGCUGGUCAAUAACUGUGGCAAGCUUAUGUCAUUUACACGGGCUCUCCUGGGCAGACGGGUUUUUGCAAUGGUCGUUCGGCCAUUUGUGUAUGCUCAAUUUGUUGCUGGGGAAACAGAGAAUGAGAUUUCAGCCUCCAUGGAGAAGAUGAACUCACUAGGACUACAUCCCAUGUUGGCUGUUCCCAUUGAAGAGGAUCUAGGAGAAAGCUCUGGAGAGAAAAGGUACGAUGACAACUUGGCAGCCAUGUUGGAGUGUGUGCAUAUGUCUCACAGCAAAGCCUGGAGCAAAGAUCCCAUGAUGCAGCUGAAGAUUACUGCCUUGGUUAGCCCUGAGCUUUGUGUUAAGCUGACUUCCUUGUUGAAGAAGCAACAUUAUGAUCUUAACCUCUUGCUUAGAGCAAUGGAUGGAGAGACCGUUACAUUUCCUGGGCUCAGUGAAACUGAAAACACACAUUUUCUACUUGGACUCAGCAGACUAAACCAAAUCGGAGAGGCAAGUGUUAAGAAAGUCAGAGUUCUUGUGGAUGCUGAAUACACAUACAUGAAUCCUGCACUCUCUCUCAUCACCAUGGCCAUGAUGAAGAAGUUUAAUCAAGAGAGUGCCUGGAUCUGGAACACAUACCAGUGCUACCUGGAGGAGUCCAGAGAACUCGUGUUGGAUGCUAUCCGUCUGUCUGUGGACCAUUCUUUUUGCCUUGGGGUUAAACUUGUCCGUGGUGCUUAUAUGGACAAGGAGAGGAAGUUGGCUAAUAAGGAAGGACGAGCUGACCCAGUUCACCAGUCCUGGGAGAACACAAAUGAUAGCUACAACGGGUCUCUAGAAGUGAUGCUCAACCUGAUUUCCCAGCAGCCUGACCGCUACAAGAUUAUUGUAGCAACUCACAAUGAAGAAUCAGUUAGAAAGGCAGUGACAUGGAUGACUGAGCUAGGGAUUGCUCGAGAUGGGGGUUCAGUGUGUUUCGGUCAACUUCUGGGGAUGUGCGAUCAUGUGUCUCUCACUCUCGCUCAGCAGGGCUUCUCAGUGUAUAAGUCUGUGCCAUAUGGUUCAGUAGAUGACACUCUGCCGUAUCUGGUUCGGCGGGCUCAGGAGAACCGCACUGUGUUGUUGGGGAUCCGCAAAGAGAGAGACCUGUUGAGGCAAGAGCUACAACGUAGAAUCCGUGAGAAGAUCACUAAAGCCAGUUAGAGAGAUGGCGAUAAAGAAAAACAGCAAUUCAGAGGAGAUCUGAAUAAAUGCGGUUUGUUGUUAUAAGUUAUGAAAGCCUAAAGUAGGAAUUGGACAUAUGUGGGAGUAUGGCAUAUUUAUGGAAAUUUAAUGAAAUUGGUAACUAAUUGAUCAAACUAAUUGAUAAAUUGUUUAAAAAAAAGAAAUAGAAAAAAGUAUGUUUUUAUGUUUGUCUGUUUUAUUAAACAAAAGAUUGCAAAGUUAUGCAAAAUGUAUUGAAGCAAGUACAUAUACUUUUGUUGGAGUCAUUUACAUUUUAUUUUUCUGCCUCGUGUUUUGUCAGCUUGCAGGCUUCUGAAUGUUUUUUAAACUCUAUAAGAUUGGUUUAUCUAGCCUUUCACUUUUUUUCUGCAACCAACUGUAUCACCAAAUGGAGAGAAAAUAAGAGGAGGGGUCUGUAGUCAUUAACACCUGCUCUUUAAUGACUUUCAGCACUACAGCCAGUUUAUUCCCACUCAGAACCGCUGCUUGAGCAAAUGGGCCUGUACUCUAACAAAUAUACUGAGAGGAAUGAGGAGGGGAAAAAGUUCAACAAUACAAACAUUUCCAACCUUUAUUCUGUAAAUUAAACCAAAAGAGAAAAGAAAAUAAACAAUGCUAAAACAAUAACAGGAUUCCAUGAAAAAUGCAAACAUUUAAACCUGCCAUUCACAGAUUUUUCAGUACCUCAUAUGAGUGCUCUUUAAAACCAACUCUCUUUGACACCCCUGGGGUAGGAACCUGAAAUUCCUCUGAAUCUCAAAGAAACCAGUGAGCAGCAGAUUGCACGUUUGUGUGAUGUUCUCAACAUGCAUCAUCUCAAUGAUACAGGGUUUCAUGCUGGUGCACAAAGACUGGAUCUUUAAUCCUUGUCUGCAUAUACACAGGACACAGUGGAGCAAAUUUGCUUGGACAGAACAUACCAACCUGAAGUGCUCGAGUUCACUCAGCCGCAUUCCAAGAACCUCCAGACAUACAGUAUGUAUUAAUAUGACAUAUGUAGUAAUGUCGAAUUUACAAGGAAAACUGAAGCCCUUCUCUGAGUUCUUUAAGUUGUAAAUUUACUGAGUUUAAGGGCUUUUGAUUAACUAUACUUCAUCAAACUUGGUACAUUGUCAUAUCUUAUAUUUGUAGCAAAUGACUGUCUUACUGUAGACAAAUUUUCAAAGUAUAGAAGAAAUAGAAUAUUAAAAUGACACAGAUUUCUGAAUUUCUGAGUAUUUGGUAUAAUAAUUUUAACUGGGGUGUGUCUGUUCUGGAAAUUCUUCUCUAUUUCUGUAAGCCAUGGCAGUUGCUGAGAGCUAGAGUUCCCCAUAGAUCUGACAGGUCUCAAAUAUUUGGAUGCCACUUUUUAACAAUUGUAUAUAUUAUAAAUUGAAGGACUUCAAAUUGGACUAUGUGAAAUUUGACACUAUAAGGCCAGAUGUGUGUGAACACCUGACCGUAAACUCUAUAUGAGUUUUUUGAGUAUCCCACUCCAGAUUCAAUUUCCUUUGCUAUAUAUAAUAACCUUUUCUAGAAAGACUUUUCACUAGAUUGUGGAAUGUAGCUUGCAAUUUGUGAUCAUUCAGCUACAAGAGUAUUAGUGAGGUAAUUAGUGAGUAAUCUGUGGAGGUCUGGGGCACAGUCAGCAUUCCAUUUCAUCCCAAAGGGGCUCACUAGGUUUAAGGUUAUGGUUCAGUGAAGGAUCCUUGAGUUCUUCCACUGCAACCUUGUUUUGCCAUCACUUAAUGAAACUUGCUUGUGUACAGGGGCACUGUUGUGCAUACAUUGUGUCAUAGAUUUAUUAUUUAUUAUUAGAUCUAUUUUUCAUAGAUUGUGUGAACGGAAAAUGGAAUGCGACAGCAUACAAAGUUAUUUAAUACAGCUGUCUGCUUUAUGCAAACGCUCACAUGUAGAGGCAAUUUUAUUGGAGCUUGGAGGACACAAGAUAACCUGGAGAGAACAUGUACAACACCAAAACUGCGAGAUAACGAAACUACCUGUGACUUACUGUGACUUGUGUUUUCCUUGAAUACAUGCUUUUUGUGCACAUAUGUCACACAGUUUUUUUUUUAUGAUGUCACAUGUUUGCCACUAAUGGUUAUUUUAAUAUGAACUCGAUUGUCUCAGUGUAUUCUGUGUAAAAGAAAUAAAAUGUUUUCUUAGAUGAAUUUAUAAAAGCACAUGUAUAAAAAUACAUUAAAAAGUGGUUUGAAUUUA